AUGAACAUGAACAUGAACAUGAACAUGAACAGUAAUUAUUACAGUGCUUAUGAAAUGCUUGCAUUGGAGCAGAAGCAGCACUAUGAUCAUCACAAUCAGGAGCAGCAGCAGCUAGUCCUCGACGACGACUGGUCUUUCGUGGAAGACUGUUACGACAAACUACGUCUACACGAGCCCCAACUGCCGGCGCCGGCGCCGGCUCUGUACACUGAAAGCAGCGGGAGCACUAGCUGCGUCAGCAAUAUGGACGGACUCUCGGGCCCGAAUUUGUACGAACUGGGCGACAUAGAUCAACUAUGGGCCCAGUGGCCCAAUGACUAUUCCAAUAUCCCGUUGCCCAGCCCAAUAAUCGAAUUUAGUGAAACGGCGCCGCAGGCGCCAAAUAUCGAUAAUUUCCUCACCGGUCCCGAAACAUUCGACGUUGCGUCGCCGAAGGCCGUUACAGUGAAGCGGCGGAGGAGCGGCGGCAGCGGCGGCGGAAGGGAUCACCGGCGGGGAGGUUUGGAGCUGGAGGACAUACAGAAGUACUUCCACGUCCCGAUCACCAGAGCCGCCAAGGAAAUGAAAGUGGGUUUAACGGUGCUGAAGCGGCGGUGCAGGGAAUUGAACAUAAUGCGGUGGCCGCACCGGAAAAUCAAGAGCCUGAACUCGCUCAUCGACAACGUGAAAGAAAUGGGGAUGGGAGAGGAGACGGCGAUGCUGGAGGAGCACCGGAGGAUGAUUGAGAGGGCGCCGGACAUGGAGCUUACGGACAGGACGAAGAGGCUGCGGCAGGCCUGCUUCAAGGCCAACUACAAGAAGCGGCGGCUCUACAACCAUAUCGCUCCGCUGCCGUUUUAA